AUGGAUAGUGAAUACCAAGAAUUGACAAAAGAAAAGAUAAACAGUACUGAGACACUGUAAGAGUAUAAAGUGAGUAUCUUCAUAAUCAAUUACAUGUCCCAGAUCUAUAUGGUAGCUUAUCUACCAAUGAAUUUCCCAUCAGUGUUUGCUUUAGAUAAACUUGGCUUAAGAUAUGGUGUUUUGAUUGGCAUUACACUUACAACUUUGGGACUUUGGCUCCGUGUACUAAUAAAUGAGAGUUUCGCAUGGGUGAUUGUGGGGUAAACUGUAAUGGCAAUAGCUCAACCCUUUACCUAUAAUGCACCAGCAAAGCUAUCUGCUAAUUGGUUUGGAGAAAGUGAGAGACUAUAUGCAACAGCGGUUGCUGCAAAUGCUAAUAAUUUAGGCAUCGCAGUUGGAUACUUUAUCCCUUCUAUGUUUGUAACAGAUGAUGACAUGAGUGUUGAAGGUGCUGUUUAAGAUCACUCAAAGUGGCUAAUGAUGAGUUUAGCGAUAGCAGCAUCUUGCAUUCUCGUUCCAGUUGUAUUAUUUUUCUAAGGUAUUAUUUAUUUCAUGAUAUUUAUAGACAAACCCCCUACUUUCCCAUCAUUAUCGUCCUAAAAUAACUAAAUCAUGCAAAAAGGCUCAUCACUUAAAAAAGAUAUGAUUUCCCUUCUUAAGAAUAGGAACUUUAUGCAAACAUCCGUAGCAAAUGGAAUGAUUAUGGGCUAUUUCUUUGCCUUAACUACUGUUCUGACAUAGAUGAUUUCUUUAUACGAUUUUACCGAUUCUUAAAGUUCCCAGAUUGGAUCUACUUAUUUAUUUGCAGGAAUAAUUGGAGGAAUAAUUACCUCAGUUAUUUUAACUUAUUAACCCAGAUAUAAAUUAGUUUCAAUAGUGAUCACUCUUGCUACUCUCGGAACUUAUGUAUUAACAUAUUUUGCUAUCCUUAGCAAAAACUAUGGAUUCUUAAUGGCAUCUUAGGUUAUAAAUGGUUUCAUAGUAAUUGGAGUGUUUUCAGUUGCUUUUGAGUUAGGAGUUGAGCUUUCGUAUCCAAUAGGUGAAGCUACUUCUGGAGGAUUGACUAAUUCUAUUGGGAAUGUAGUUGGAUUCAUUCUCGUCAUGAUAAUGACACCUAUCCUCAAUAGCAACAAACAGAUCGAUGUUCUGAUUUGUAGUAUUUUAUUUAUUGGUGUGCUAGUGAUUGCCAUAAUUUUGAUAGUGAUUACUAAAUUUGAAUUGAUAAGAUCAAAGAUUGAUUAAUAGUAAAUAGAUAAUUCAAAAUAAUUUAGUGGAGUAACUGAUUGGCUUGAUAAUUCAACAAAUGAAUCAAAACUUUGA